GUGCCAGUCCUGGGUGGUGGGGUUUUGUGGGGCCUCUGCGGCCCUUCGCGGUGGUUGCUGGGAAGAGGACAUCGGCCAGAGUUACUGGGGCUGGUUGGGCUCGGCGCUGUGAGGCGGGAGGUCUUUGAAGACCAGGAUCCCGCCAGGUGCUCAACGGCGUUCCUCCUCGUCCCACGAGCCUGGAGUACCUUUGAGGAAAGGAGAGUAUUUCUGUGAGUACACGGUCUAUACCCUGCCUCGGCUGCCUUUCCUUGAAGGAUUGUAACAGGAUGUCUGCACAGUCGGUGGAAGAAGAUUCAAUACUUAUAAUCCCAAAUCCAGAUGAAGAAGAAAAAAUUCUGAGAGUGAAACUAGAGGAGGACCCUGAUGGUGAGGAGGGAUCGAGUGUUUCCUGGAAUCAUCUCCCUGACCCAGAGGUUUUCCGACAGCGGUUCAGGCAGUUUGGAUACCAGGACUCACCAGGUCCCAGAGAGGCUGUAAGCCAGCUCCGAGAACUUUGCCGCCUGUGGCUCAGACCAGAGACACACACUAAGGAACAGAUACUGGAGCUGGUAGUGUUAGAGCAGUUUGUUGCCAUCCUACCUAAGGAGCUACAGACUUGGGUUCGAGAACAUCACCCGGAGAAUGGAGAGGAGGCAGUGACCGUGCUAGAGGACUUGGAGAGUGAACUUGAUGAUCCUGGACAGCCGGUUUCUCUCCGCCGGCGGAAACGGGAAGUGCUUGUAGAAGAGAUGUCUCAAGAAGACGCUCAGGGAUUACCAAGUUCGGAGCUUGAUGCUGUGGAGAACCAGCUCAAGUGGGCCUCCUGGGAACUCAGCUCUCUGAGGCACUGUGAUGAUGAUGUCAGGACAGAAAAUGGAGCGCUGGCUCCAAAGCAGGAGAUUGCUUCCGCUGUGGAAUCUCAGGAAGUUCCUGGCACUCUUAAUAUAGGUGUUCCUCAGAUUUUUAAAUAUGGAGAAACCUGUUUACCCAAGGGCAGAUUUGAAAGAAAGAGAAAUCCCUCUCGAAAGAAACAGCACAUAUGUGACGAAUGUGGAAAACACUUCAGCCAGGGCUCAGCCCUUAUUCUUCACCAGAGAAUCCACAGUGGGGAGAAGCCGUACGGAUGUGUCGAGUGCGGAAAAGCCUUCAGCAGAAGCUCCAUCCUUGUGCAGCACCAGCGAGUCCACACUGGGGAGAAACCUUACAAGUGUCUUGAGUGUGGGAAAGCCUUCAGCCAGAAUUCUGGGCUCAUUAAUCAUCAGCGAAUCCACACUGGGGAGAAACCUUAUGAAUGUGUCCAGUGUGGAAAGUCCUAUAGUCAGAGCUCAAACCUUUUUAGACAUCAGAGACGACACAAUGCAGAAAAACUUUUGAAUGUUGUGAAAGUUUAAGAAAUUAGGGGGAAACAAUGAGCACUCAGGUCUUUUUCUUCAGAAAUGAAGACAAUUAAAAACAUGAAGUGAUAAAAGUUUUUUUCCCUGUUGACUGAGAAAAUCCACUGGGGGAUACAAAAAAAAUCUUCAUUCAUCAUUAUUAUCUCGAAAGAAAUGCUGUUAGGCCUAAAAACUGAAAUUUUAAAUAAUUCAGGUAUUAAUACCUAAAAUUUCCAUGUGAUAUUUAUAUUCUCUUUUCUCCCAAGUAAUGAGCUACCUAAUUCUUUGUCCCUUUCUUAACAAUUUCCUUUUUCAGACAAAGAGUUUAUUUCUGUGUUGGUCAUUGGAAUGUUGUUUUAUAAGGAUACAUACCUUUCUAUUUUAAAAGGCAACGUAAGAAUUGUAAAAUCUAAAAGCCCAUCAUUUAAAAACAUCUUUGAACAUUUAGUUUCCUUUUGUUCAGUUUGAGUAUAUUUGGGGAAACUAGAAGAUACAGACUAGUCAAAGCCUCAGUGUUAAAUGCGCCUUAAGAUCUCAGAUGAGUGAUGGUGGCAGAAUUUUAAAGAGUGAAGGGAAAAACUGGAAAAGUUACACACUGAGGUGUAUCCGUUACGUACAGGCAUCUUUCCUUAGGAAAACAACAGCAACAACAAAACUGAUUUUAUCUAAGUUGUGGGCAUCUUACUAAUGAAGAGAGUUUCCUAUGUAAAAAUCACACUUGUAAAGUGAAGAUAAAUGUUACACUAAGGAAGAAUGCUGGUGUUGAAAGGCAGAUGUAAAAUUAGGCACUUAGAUGAUGUGGCUUUUAGAAAAUCUCAAGUCUCACUCAUUUUGCUCUCAUCCUAGUUAAGGGUAUAGAAAACUUAAGGGGAGGGCAACAGUAUCAGGUUUGCUUUUCUUAUUCCUUUGGUACAAAAGGGUUGAACACCAGGCUAAAGCAGCCAUGCAUUUGUUACUGAACAUUUUACCGACAAUGCACUGUGCUAGGUACUGUAAUCCUCCUGUCAGCAGGUAGGCAUUUGUUCCACUGUAAGUCACAGGGGUUUCCCCGUCAGCAUUCCCAGGUCACUCUGAGAUUCCCAGAGUUUAGUUCUCUUAGCAGUGUGUUGUGUUUGGAGGGAGGUCAGCUCAGAAAGCUAGCUAGUCAGCUCUUCGCACUUUUCAGAGGUGAGCUCAAGAUACCCUCUAUUAGUUUAAACAGGUUUGAAUCUUAAAAAUCCAAAUGUAAUUUCUAGUAGUAUUGUAGUUAUAACUACACGUUAAGUUGAAUGGACCUUCAAAAAUAAAUAACUAGGCUAUGAAUAACUAGUUUUAUUAACUGGCAGAAUUGAUUGAAUUGUUUAAUUUACAGUCUUAACACAUUUUUUAAAAAAACAUUAAAUGUAUUACAUUUUAGUAGUAGGAUUCUGUGUACCUGGCUAAGAAUCCAGGUACUGUGGCUCUACUGUUUAGUGGCAAACUCCGGAAGUUAAAGCAUCGAGGAUAAGAGAAUGUGGGUUUUUUUUUGUUUGUUUGUUUGUUUUUUAUGUAAGACAGGCGUCAUUACAUGGAAAAUGAUCCACAGGAGGACAAAUAUUUCCCGCAAUUUGGGUUAUAUCUGGUACUUGGUUGAAUUUUAAACUGAAAAGUGAGAUUUUUGCGUGAGUUAUUGAAAACAGUUCUAAAUGCAGUACAGCUGGUGAAUGAGGCAGAAUGAAGCUUGUUCAUAGAUUUCGGAUAACAAUUCUAAGAAACGUGCUUUAUAGAUUAAGAUUUAUUGAAGUAUAAAUAUGUAGUAAUGCUAUAAUGUAUUUUUAAGUUAUACAAGAAAAGUAGGGACUUUUGUUUGGGUCUUUUCUCUGUGGCUGAGAGGAAACACAUUAAUGUCCAAUAAAGCUGUAAACGCCUCUGCUCUAAGGUAGCGUGACCUGGAAUCGUGUUACUUAUUUGUUUAUGGCUGGUCCUUUCCCAGCAGGUUUUUGAGGUGGCACAUUUGAUGACUGCUGGGAUGACAGAGUAGGUAAUAGGGUGGAAUGCCAGACUUACCAAUUUUAGGGGUAGAUUUGGUAAUGUGGAAGCGCAGAAAAGGCGGUACUAGAGCUGGCAGAUAGGUGUUGUCUUGCCGGUUCUGACCCCUGUGUAUCUGUUGGGAAGGAAGCUCAGACAAGGGACUGGUCUAAAACCCCUCAUGGUAGAAAGGAAAAGGAAAGCAGUGGGUGUAUAUUUAACUGACUCUGGCUAGGCGUAAGUCUCCACUAGACAGAUUAAUUUACAGUAACAGGACUCUGGCUAGGCGUAAGUCUCCACUAGACAGAUUAAUUUACAGUAACAGGUAGUGAUUGUCUUCAGAACUGUCCCCACACAGGUCAUCAUAAUUUGGGGGUGCCCAGUCUAAUGAAGUAGACAUGAGCGGGUGGCCAGCAGUAGCCUAGCCAACACCUUUCUGGUUAACACUUAUGUGAAGGCAUGCGCACUAAUGGGCCCAACAGGCUGUCUGGUGAUUUUAUAGUCACAGAUGUUCCAUUAGCAGCCUGUCUUAGAUUUGUGUGAGCUUUGGGGAGGGUGCCUGUUCUGAGAGAAUGUGCAUGCUAAACAUGCUUGGAGUACUUAAUCAUCUAGAGUUGUGGACUAGGAAAACAAGACCCAACAAUCUCGGAACUUGUGACUUGGAAAUGGCCACUUAGAACUGCAACACAAACCUAGUUCUGUGGAUUCUACAAGCCAGUUUGUUUGUUUGUUUGCUUAUCUGUCAAGAGUGAUGGUGUUAGCCAGGGUGGUGGUGCACACCUUUAAUUCCAGCACUCCAGAGGCAGAGGUAGGUGGUUGUUUGUGAGUUCAAGACAAACUUGGUCUAUUGAGUGAGUUCCAGGACAGCAAGGACUAGGACUACACAGAGAAACCCUGUCUCAAAAAACCAAAUUAAAAAAAAAAGAUGGCAGUACAAAUUUAAUAAACUUGAAAGUUAUUAGAUAUACCCAUUUAAAUUUUCCACAAUGCAGAAACAAAAGAUGAAAAAAGACAUCAGAUUUAGCCAGAAAUGGUGGUAAUCUGGUUUAUUGUCCUUCCAAAUUUAGCUCUAUACACGUUUAAGCAAACACCUUUAAAAUAACAGUCUUGGAUUGAGUACAGGCACCAACUAAAGUGCCUUACUCUGCUUUAAUCCUCAACAGACCUGAGGUCAUUACAUAGCUCCAUCUACCGCAGAGAGACUGGUUUUCCCUCCCCCACUGCUGUGGGCAUUUUCCAUAGUUAUAGUAUUCCUUUGCAUUAUUACACUCAGUCCAUCUAACCCACCCCUACUGAUGGGUUUGUAGGUUCUUUAUGCACCUAUGUAGUUGUUCCUAUAGCGCAAAUAACUAGAAAUGAAUUCAUUGGGUCAGGAAAUACAUAUUUGACAUUUUUGAGGAAAUACAACUUUAAAAGUUGGACCAAUAACUCCAUUAAUAGUAAGAAUACCUGUUUGGCUGCUCUCCUGGCAGUACUGCAGCCUGAAAAGGUUUUGCUUGUCUUACAGACCAGGUCUUUUUUCAUUUUCUUUUUUCUUUGUGUGUGUGCAUGUAUGUAUGUGUGUGUGCACGCGUGCAUGUGUGCCUUUAUUAGUAAGAAGGAACUUUUUUUGUUCAUUGGCUGUUUUAUGUCCUGUUUUUGUCUUGUUCUUUUGUUCUAAUUAUGAAAGUAUAAAUGACUACAUUAACAUCAUAAACUUAAGAGAGACAAAUGUAAGACCGUUUUCCCAGGUCAGUUCCAUUUUCUAGUUUACUGUACAUCCUAGUAUAGUUUGUGCACAUUUCCAUGUGAAUAUACAGAAAUGUGGACACCCUUUAAAUAAACGGGAUUAUUAUGAAUUUUAAGACAUCUUUGUCUUAUAUAUUCUGGUCUUCAAACUCCUGGAAGGUGGAUGGCUGGCUGUAAGGCACUUGUUGCCUGACACUCUCCUCCAUCCUCUGACAGAUAGCUGUAGAGUCUUCACCUCUGUAGAGUACUCAUUGCCCACAGAGCCGCCUUACCCACACUGGACAGCCCUUAUCUGUUUGGGAAAAGGAGAGAGAAGAAACCUUCCUAUUUGCAUUUCCCUGACGAAUAGUGAAGUUGGUCAUUUAUAAUUUCCAGAGGAUUGUCCAUGCUUCUAUUGCCUUUGUACUGGGUUAUGUGGGUAUCUGUGUUCAGCAUCUCUUUCCUCGUUUACGGCAACAGUAUCCCUUUUUCUUGUGGUUAACCCAUUCCAUAUGGCUUUGGUGAGCACAUGACCAGCCACAGUGAUUAGACAGCGGGCAUCAAUCUGAAGCAGGCUAAGGAGAGCGCUCAAGAGAACAGCAACUCCUGGAAAGAAGGCUUUGGAGACACUGGAGACCCAAGGACGACGGGAGCCUGCAUUUUUCCUAUGUGGAGAAAGUCUCCGAGGAGAAACUCAGAGGCUAGCAGAGAUGGUGAAAAACUAAGUCUUGAUGUCAUUUUUCUGGAGGCCCUAGAUCCAGUUGUGCCUAAAGCCUGCCCUACCUCUGGACUUUAAAGUUUGUGAGCCAAUAAAGUCCCUUUCUUAUUUAAGAUAAUUGUAUUUGUCCUGAUUAAUAUAGGGUAUUUGUAUUUUCUUGUUGAUUUGUAGAAAACUUGUAGUUUUAAUUCUAGAUUCACACAUAUAAGUUAAUAAAAUUAGCAAUGGCCUUUUAUAAUUUGGA